AUUCAUUCUAACUCCUCCCUUUUACCUAUUUUAGCGCCGCCUUAAUUGGACGCCAGUGAGAUCUUCAAACCCUAUUUACCUUAUAUGGUCACGCACGGAAUUGAUUGACAACAAACCACUCCCCCGUCCGAGUCGCUUGCUCGCUCCGCUCAGUAGACAGCUAGCCCGGGCUCCUCUCCCAGUCGCAUGAUGAAGCUACUGCAGGCAGCGGAAAAACCAACCUGGAAUUUAUAGAGCGAAUAUUGCAAUCUGGCAAUGCGGAAAUAGAUGGACGUUUCAUGUCACCGAGUUGGCAUUCCACUCCUGGACUGAAGACCUGAGAGUUAGCGCCAGAGAAAAAAGGAUUGCAAUUCAGAGACAUAAUAUUCAACUCUUCUUUUUCUAUUGUUUAUAGUGGUUCUUCGGUGUGUUAUUUAUUUCCAGUGGUAUAUAGCGCCAUACUUUCUGGUGCAUGGACAGACGCACAGGGGAGGAUCUGUUAACCCCUAACCAUACAAAAGUGGGGUUGUAUUUCUUCCGGUGGAUCAAAGUAAAUUACUUUCAAAUCUUGCAUCAACAUGGACGUGUUGGCGAAUUACAGUAUUUUUCAGGAACUCCAACUCGUGCAUGACACUGGCUAUUUCUCUGCAAUGCCUUCGCUGGAGGAGAACUGGCAGCAGACGUGUCUGGAGUUGGAGCGGUACCUGCAGACGGAGCCCAAGCGUCUAUCAGAGCUGUUUGACGAGGAGCUCGACUGCCUCCUGACGCCUGCCUUCGUGGAGGGUGCUGACAGUGACCUGAUGGAUCCCCUGGACCCACUCCUCCCCAGCCCCCCUCCCCUCCUCCCCUCCCUCCCCAAGGUCCUACAUGCCCCACACCUCCACAACACCAAGGCCUCUGAAAAAGAGUCUGGAGCAAAGAUCACCAAGGAGGGGGUCAACGGGGUCAACGCUGCCCAGCUGAGUGCCGUCACCUCCCUCACGCCGCCCUCCUCGCCGGAGCUGGGCCGCCACCUGGUCAAGCCCACGCAGACUCUCACCGCUACAGCCGACGGCACGCUCACGCUCAAACUGGUGGCCAAGAAGGUUGGUCUGAACGCAGCCAAGCUGGUGGCCAUGCACGCCACACUACCCUCGCCGCCCAGCAGGGGGGCACACAGUGACAGCGAGCAGGGGUCUGGGUCGCUGGGGGGAGAUAUCCCUGAGAACAAGAAGAGAGUCCAUCGCUGCCAGUUCAACGGCUGCAGGAAGGUUUACACCAAGAGUUCCCAUCUGAAGGCCCACCAGAGAACACACACAGGUGAGAAGCCGUACAAGUGCUCCUGGGAGGGCUGUGAGUGGCGUUUCGCCCGGAGCGAUGAGUUGACAAGGCACUAUCGCAAACACACCGGGGCCAAACCAUUCAAGUGUAACCACUGUGACAGGUGUUUCUCCAGGUCCGAUCACUUGGCGCUGCACAUGAAGAGGCACAUCUAAGAGAGAGCGAGGAGGAGAGCGGGGAAGAAGAGCGAGAGAAGGGAGAUAGGAGAGAAGAUGAAGUAGGCAGGAGGGAACCACACACCAGCUCCAGCUCUCACCAUCCCGAGGCUGCCCCUGCCACCUGAGACCUGACACUAGAAGCAUAGCAUGGGGGAUGACACGCUGGACGGAUGUAAGCCACGACCCAGGAUGGACCCAUGGUCAGCGAGGACAGAUGGAGUGAUGGAGGGAAAGAGAAGGAGGAGGAGGAGCUUGUUGUUGUUUUUUAAUUCACACAUCUCUCUUUUAUUGCAUCCUCUGAUUAGCCAUGCCUUGGUCUGAUCCAAGUCUGGUAACUCAGACACUGCCAAACCAAUACGCUGAUCCAGUUACGACCCAUUACACUGUUUAUUUACAUUUAAACUAUAGAGCGACUUGGGAAAGGAGAUGGUUCACCCAGAAUAAACUGAUAAACUUUGACACGCCAAUCGUCAGUGACUUGCAGAAGCAACGAUGGGCAUCCCAAACCAACAGCAACUAUUGCCCGUUUUAUUCUGAUGCGCUGUUUCCCAAUCCUAUCACAAUGUUUUCGGGGUGUCUCUACCCUCACCAAGCCGUGUGAAAUAACAACAAUGCCAGAAUAGCGAGAAGAGAGAGACCAAUGGAACUAGUGGCCAAUCCGUCAGUGUCGCCCCCUGCCUGUGGGAGGAGGGUCUGACACUUCAGAGAGUGAGCUCUGUGACCCUGAUGCGGACUUCUCAGGCUCUCCUGUAGGAGGCGCUCUGCUCUUCUCUCUCACCUUCACUCCUGCCACCUCACUGGCAACAUCUAACAGAUGCGCAGCGACACUUUCUUGCCUUUGUUUUUUAAAGACAAUGAAUUAUUAUUAUUAAGAAUAAAGGUCUGUUUUCUCUGAAAUGUCUUAAAAAUUCACUGAAGGAAAAAAACUAAAACAGUUUAUGUACAAACGAAGAACAAUGUGCUCAUUCAAGGGAGGAACAACGAAUGAACUUACCCCGACCCGUAUGCACAGGCUAAACUCAGUAGCCGCUAUCUAGCACUGAUAGCUAAGAAGAUGGAAAAACAAAAAAUAAAUCACAUGAACGCUGAAAGAAAAAGGAUUUGUAUUGUUGGCCUGAUAUUAAAGGAAAGGCCGUCUGUUUUCCACUCUGUGUUUUUCUCCAGCUGAAAACAAACCUUGGUGGGACCUUCGAGGCUUCAUCACCAAGCCAGGACCAGAACAGAACAGAAAACUGGAAAAUGUUUGCUUUGUUUGUGUGGAUUGUGGAACUCCACCAUCUCCCAUAGGAAACCCCUAUCUCCUCCAGUAUGGAGGGGCCUGGGAGGCUGGUCUGCUGUGACCACAUCCCCUGUUUGGGAGACUAGGGACCUGAUAGGCUACUGGACAUGAAUCUGGGUAUUAGAAAGGACAACAUGGCUUCAUCAUCCCAGAGGGACUUGCCUGUUUCGUAUCCAUUGUCCACACUGACUUUUUCAAUGUUAUCUGUGCUUUUUUUCAUACAGUACAACAAAAAAAACUGAAAAAAUAAUACAAAUAAAAAACACUCAAAAAAAUACUACACAAAAAAAACGAUUCCGUCUCUCUCACACCGUACAGGCACGUAGACACACCAACACACAGAACAGUUUGCUCAUGGCUCCACUUUGAGAUAAGGAAAAUAUAUGAUUGAGUUAAUGAACAGACUUGGAAAGCAAAACACUGCAUGGCAGCUUCUCACACUCGGAUCGCUUCCCGGAAUCAUUUGUUCUGCUCCAAAUUUUUCACAGUAGGAUUUUUAGCAAUUGUUGUUUUGUAGAUGAAGAUCUGAUUCCGCUUGAGGUAACGGCUUUGAAGUGAGAAAACGAGCUCAUUCUCAUGUUCAAACAAUCUCAGUCUCUGUAUGUUAACAAUCAGCUUCAACAGCAUGGGACCAGAUUCCUCUGCCCCAGGUCUAUGAAGUCUUACAUUGCCUUGCAAUCAGGGCAUUAAUACCAAUACCACUGUCACUAUUACUGUACCCACAAACUUCCCCCCUCACAUAAACCCUGGUCUCCUCACAUCAGUUGUAAUGGCUGCUGUAUCAGAAUAGAUGCCAUUACUGUCUCUAUAGUAAUGUGUAUGUUUCAGCCUUGCCAGACUCUCCUAGACGGUCCCAGAACUGCCCUCAUGGGGGCCGGUGGAGCUCAGAACAAUCGAUACCAAAAACCUCCAGCGCGGAACUGCCCUCGAGCCACGGGCAGGAUCUGGCAUAGAACACAGUGGCAUCUGGGAAUCCGACCGUCUCCAUCCUAGGCCUCUUAGCACCACCGCGGCAGCUUUCUCUACAAACACAAAACAAGACAAGUCUCUCGACAACAAGGCGAUGUAAAACAAGACAAGUCUCUCGACAACAAAGACGAUGUAAAACAAGAGAUUGAGAUGAUCUUUGUGUUUUGAUUCCACUCUUUAGUUGGAACUUCUUCCUUGUUGUUUUGUUGUGGUUUUAACGCUACAAUUAUUAUUUUUGUUGCCAAGGUGGAUGAUGCAAGGUCAUGCCAAAAUGUAAGAAAUGCAGGGGUGCGGGUUUUGAACAA